AUGGGCCCUGCCGAUGUCGACCUCUUCCAGCAUUUCUUGGGCAUUUCCCCUUGUCUCCAAGCUGAAUUUUUCUGUUGUGUGUACUUUUCAGAGAACGUGACUGUCAUUCCUAACCAGGUGUAUCAGCCCCUUGGUCCUUGUCCUUGUAAUUUAACAGCUGGGGCCUGUGAUAUUCGCUGCUGCUGUGACCAGGAAUGCUCAUCCAACUUAACAGAGCUGUUCAGAGGGUCCUGCUUCACCGGCGUGUUUGGAGGAGACGUCAAUCCUCCUUUUGAUCAGCUCUGCUCCGCUGAGACGACACACGCUGUCCCCGACUGGUUUCCCUUUCUGUGUGUGCAGUCGCCGCUGGCCAACACGCCCUUCCUUGGUUACUUCUAUCACGGUGCCGUCUCCCCCAAACAGGGCUCCUCCUUUGAAGUGUAUGUGCACACUGAUCCAAAAGACUUUGCAGACUUUGGUUACAAACAAGGAGAUCCAAUUAUGACCGUGAAGAAGGCAUAUUUCACUAUCCCGCAGGUGUCCCUGGCUGGGCAGUGCAUGCAGGAAGCUCCAGUGGCAUUUCUUCACAAUUUUGAUGUUAAAUGCGUUACUAAUUUGGAAGCAUACCAAGAACGAGAUGGUGUUAUCAAUGAGAAGAUCAAGAAUGUUGCCUUAGGAGGCAUAGUUACACCAAAAGUCAUCUAUGAGGAAGCAACUGACCUAGACAAAUUCAUCACCAGGACAGAAGCUCCUUUAAAUAAUGGAUCAUCCCUCAGAAUCGUGAAUGUGGAAGAACAUUAUAUUUUCAAAUGGAAUAACAAUACAAUCAGUGAAAUAAAUGUCAAGAUUAUUAGGGCAGAGAUUAAUGCCCACCAGAAAGGGAUAUUGACGCAGAGAUUUGUCGUAAAAUUUUUAAGCUAUAAUAGUGGUAAUGAGGAGGAAUUAUCUGGAAAUCCAGGUUACCAACUUGGAAAGCCUGUCCGAGCUCUAAAUAUCAACAGGACGAAUAAUGUCACAACUUUACAUCUUUGGCAGUCAGCUGGAAGGGGUUUGUGUACAUCAGCAAAUUUCAAACCCAUUUUAUUUGGAGAAAAUGCACUCUCUGGAUGCCUGUUAGAAGUUGGGAUUAAUGAAAAUUGUACACAGCUCAGGGUGAGUGCUGUUGAAAGACUUGAUUCAUUAAUACAAGCGACUCAUGUUGCAAUGAGAGGCAACUCCGAUUACACUGAUCUUAGUGAUGGCUGGCUUGAAAUAAUACGUGUAGAUGCCCCUGAUCCGGGUGUGGACCCGCCGGCUGGCAGUGUGAACGGCAUCUGCCUGGAUAUUCCUGCUCAGCUGAGCAUCCGCAUCCUCAUCUCAGAUGCUGGCGCAGUGGAAGGGAUUACUCAGCAGGAGAUACUUGGCGUAGAGACAAGGUUCUCCUCGGUGAACUGGCAGUACCAGUGUGGGCUUACCUGUGAGCACAAGGUCGACCUUCUCCUUAUCAGUGCAUCGGUCCAGUUUAUUAAAAUUCCUGCACAGUUACCCCGCCCCCUGACAAGAUUCCAGAUCAAUUACACAGAAUAUGACUGCAACAGAAAUGAGGUGUGUUGGCCGCAACUUCUAUAUCCAUGGACUCAGUAUUAUCAAGGGGAGCCGUAUUCUCAGUGUGUUGCCAAGGGCUUACUGUUGCUGUCAUUCCUCACAUUGGCCAUGUUCCUCAGCAACCCCUGGACCAGAAUAUGCAGAGCCUGUAGUUAGACAACCACCUGGCCUUUUUUUUUUUUUUUUUUUUUUUGAGACGGGGUCUCACUCUGUCACCCAGGCCGGAGUGCAGUGUCACAGUCUUGGCCCACUGCAACCCUAUGCCUCCCAAGCAAUCCUCCCACCUCAGCCUCGUGAGUAGCUGGGAGCACAGAUGCUCCACCACGCCUGGCUUUUUUUUUUGUAUUUUUGGUAAAGAUGGGGUUUCGCCAUGUUUCCCAGGCUGGUCUGUAACCCCUGAGCUCAAAUGACCCGCCCCCCUCGGCCUUCCAGAGUACUGGGAUCACAGACGUGAGCCCCUGCGACUGGCCCAUCUGACUUCUUAAAGACUCUAGACCUUGACUUCAGUGAUUUGCUGUAGUCUUGUGUGCUUUUCUAAAAAAAUGAAAUGUCUUAUUUUUGUAGAACAUUUUUA